CUAUUUUACGAGAACCUAAACAGCGUUUUAAAAAAAAAAAAGCUUGGAUAAUUUUGUACAUGGGUUUGCUUGUUGUGUGAAAUCUGUGAGAAAGCGGUUUGUGGAUAUCUUGAAGUGGAUAAUUCCUAGUCGUUGAUGAAUUAAAGGGAAAGCGACUGCCAUGACCACAGACGAGGCGGAGAGCGUUCACAAGAAGCAGGUGUGCGAGCAGCAGCAGGAAGAGGAGGACCCCGCUGCUCAGGAGCCGGGCCCCCCUGACAGCACUCAGGACAGCCCCUGCGGCACGCCGCCCCCCGGGGGCUCGGAGGAGGAACAGCAGCUGAAGCCGCGCCAGCGCACCUCGGCUGGCCGCGGCCUGUCCCGCCUCUUCUCCUCCUUCCUGAAGCGCCGCUCGCAGUGCUCGGACGGAGAGGGGGUGGAGACGGAGAGGGCUCGGGACAAGGACGGCCAGGAAGAGCCCAAAGCUCCCAUAGCAGACCCCGAGCCAGAACUACGCAUAGAGGGCGAUGUUGCUCUAGACCAGCACUCGAUCAGCAGUGCUGAAAACCAGCAAAUCGUAGCAGAUCAGAAAGAAAACGCCGAGCUGGAGUCCGGCAAGGCAGAAAAGGGGGAGAAGAAGGAGGAGAAGAAGGAGAAGAAGGAAAAGAAGGAGAAGAAGGAGAAAGAGAAGAAAGAGAAAGCAGAUAAGGAGAAGCCGGAGAAAAAGGAGAAGCCGGAGAAGCCGGAGAAAAAAGAGAAAGCGGAGAAGAAAGAGAAGAAGGAGAAAAAAGAGAAGAAGGAGAAGAAAAACGAGGACAAGGCCAAAGGAGAGGAGGGAGAGAAAGACAAGGAGCGUGAGAAGGAAAAAGAGAAAGUAGAGGAAGAGGCCAAGCCGGAAGACGCAGGUGCGGCGGAAACAGAGGUGAAGGAGGAAGGAGAAAAAGAGGAAGAGAAACAGGAGGAGAACGCGGUGGAGGAGGAAGAGGAGGAGGAGGAGGGGAGGAAGCAGAAAGCAUCUCGCCGCCCCAGGAUCAUGCACUGCAAAGUCAAGCUGCUGGAUGAUACUCUCUUUGAGUGUGAGCUGGAAAAACAUGCCAAAGGCCAGGAGCUGUUUGCAAAAGUGUGCGACCACCUGAACCUGUUAGAAAAGGACUAUUACGGACUGGCCAUAUGGGAGACGCCGACCAUAAAGACGUGGCUGGACUUCACCAAGGAGAUCAGACGGCAAGUUCAAGGCACCAACUACGAUUUCACAUUCAAUGUGAAGUUCUACCCUCCUGAUCCUGCCCAGCUGUCAGAAGACAUCACCAGGUACUACUUGUGUUUGCAGCUGCGGAAGGACAUCAAGAACGGCCGUCUGCCUUGCUCUUUCGUGACCCUGGCCCUGCUGGGAUCUUACGCCCUUCAGUCUGAGCUGGGCGAGUACGACGCCGAGGUUCACGGCACCGACUACGCCAAGGAGCUCCAGCUCAUCCCGGGACAGACCAAGGAGCUGGAGGAGAAAGUCAUGGAGCUUCACCGCACGUACAGGUCUAUGAGUCCGGCUCAGGCUGAUAUGAUGUUCCUGGAGAAUGCUAAAAAACUGGCCAUGUACGGGGUUGAUCUUCACCAGGCCAAGGAUCUGGAUGGAGUGGAUAUAAUGCUGGGUGUUUGCUCCAGUGGCCUGAUGGUGUAUAAGGAUAAGCUGAGGAUUAAUCGAUUCCCCUGGCCAAAGGUUCUCAAAGUCUCCUACAAACGCAGCAGUUUCUUCAUCAAGAUACGGCCAUCUGAUCUGGAACAUUAUGAAAGCGCCAUUGGCUUUAAACUGCCCAACUACAAGGCUGCCAAGAAACUGUGGAAAGUGUGUGUGGAGCAUCACACGUUCUUCAGGCUGACCUCCACAGAAGCGGCCACCACUCCCAGGAAGUUCCUGGCUCUGGGAUCCAAGUUUCGCUACAGCGGCCGAACUCAAGCUCAGACCCGUCAGGCCAGCUCCAUGAUCGACAGACCCGCUCCGCUCUUCCAGCGCUCCGCCAGCAAGAGGGCAUCUCGCAGCUUAGACGGAGCCAUGGUCUCGACCCCGGAUAAGAACGCCCGUCCCGUCAGCGCUCCCAUCAUGUCUCCCAUCUCCCCAGGCGACAUGGCUCCCUCCCCAGUAGCAUCUGCCACCCGCACUGACCGUAAAGAGACGUCCACCCCCACGGGCCGUCCACGCUCCACUGACAGGAAGAGUGAGGUGAGGGCAGAGGCCCAUGUGACGGAUGGCUCCAAAACACACAGCAAAGCAGAGGGCACACCUGAAAUCAAGACGGUAGCUCGGCGAGAACGGCGGCACCGUGACGCCCCGGUGGUGACGGCCACCAAUGGGGAGAGAAAGAGCCAGUCGCCACGGGCGGACACAGAGAUGGUGCGCAUGAGGAAGAAAAGAGCUAAGAAACUUGAGGGUGAAACUAUUUAUAUCAGACAUAGCAAUUUAAUGUUGGAGCUUAACCCUAACGGCUUGGCAUGCACUAUUUACCUCACUAACUAUAAUGACAUUGAGAAGACACAGACAGAAAUCAUGCGUCAUCACACCAGUAUCAGCGAGCUCAAGCGGAGCUUCAUGGAGUCGGUGCCCGAGCCCCGGCCCAGCGAGUGGGACAAGCGUCUGUCCACCCACUCGCCCUUCCGCACCGCUAGCAUCAACGGCCAGAUGCAGCCAGACUCUCCUGUGGUGAAGACGAAAACCAUCACCAUUUCUGAUGUCACCAACUCCCUUCGCAGCGAAAUCGCCACCAAGGACAUCCCCAUUGUGCAUACGGAGACCAAGACCAUCACAUACGAGUCUGCCCAGCCCAACGCGCUGUCGGAGAAGGAGUCCGGGAUGCUGUUGAGUGCUCAGACCAUCACCUCAGAGACGGUCAGCACCACCACCACCACCCAGAUCACCAAGACGGUGAAAGGCGGGAUCUCAGAGACCCGUAUCGAGAAGAGAAUCGUGAUCACUGGAGACACUGAGAUUGACCAUGAUAAGGCUCUCGCUCAGGCUAUAAAGGAGGCGAAGGAGCAGCACCCCGACAUGUCCGUGACUAAAGUGGUGGUGCAUCAGGAAACGGAGAUCACCCCGGAGUAACUCCUGCAUGCGACACAGGGUGAAAAAAAACCGGGACCAGUCGGGUUUAUGAAUGUGAAAAAAACAACGCGAGAUCCCUCACAAGCAGCCCCUUCCCAUCAGCCCACGAGCUCCCCUCACGGACAAACACUUCCUGUAGCAGCACAUGUCCCACCCAGUCACUGCCGACCGAGAUGCCACUUUCCAGACCCUAAACAUCCGUCAGAUCUGCACCUACUCGUGUCCAGCGUCCUGCCUGACCUCCACCACCUCAAAGACAUUCCACGACGGACUGAACCAUGUUACGAAGUCGUUUUCUAAAACAGUGGCUAAAGAGCAACUUUUUAUCUCAAAUUCAUACGGUAUUUUUAGGGUGGAUUCCAAAGGGAUGGUUCACAUUAUAACAACUGGGCGGCGGGUAUUUUCUAAAGUGUCAUUUUGUUGUAGUUGUCGUUGUUGAUUUUUUUUGUUAUUUAAUAUUUGUUUGCAAUUGGUUGAUUUAUCUGUAUCAUAAUCUGAAACACUCCGAAGGCAACGUUCACCCAAAAUUCAAACAGUGAUGCAAAAGCUAUAUUUUAGGACUUUCUUUUUUUCUGUGAAACAAAAACGAGACGUUUAGCGGAAUGUUCAUACUGCUCUCUUCCACUUUUUUUUCAAGAUUAAAUUUAGGGAUAGUUCACCCCAAAAAUGUUAUUCUGUCAUCAUUUACUCUAUGUCAUUCCAAACGAUAUUUUGAGAAGAUGUUUUGAGGAAUUUUAGCAGUCACCCAAACCAACGUUUGAUUGCCAACCUUCUUCAAAAUAUCUUCUUUUUGCAUUCAAAACACGAGCAAGUCAUACAAAAUUAAUAAAUUGAUGAUAGAAGUUACCAUUUUUGGUGAACCAUUCCUUUAAGUUUUAUAAUUCUGUUAUUUGAUUUCCAUUCACACACAUUCAAAUUUGACAAGUUUAACAUCAAUAAUGCUUUAACAUGCAAUUUCAAUGUUCCUUAAACCAAUCAUAUGAUGUCCUAGGCUGUUUUUUUAAAAAACUUUUAUGGUGCUCAUUUUAGCAACUUUUGGAACCGUUUUUGCUUUCAUUGCAUUGAACCUUCUGCUAAACAUCUGAAUUGAUUGAAGAAAAAAGAAAGGUUAGAGUCAACUGAGAAUAAUUUUUAUUUUUGGGUGAACUGUUCUUAGUCCAGUACUCCAUCCUGUUGUAAAGUCCCAUAUUUUAUGUUCCUCUUAAAUGUGAAAAGUAUUAUUAUUUUGUUCUCGGUGUAAAAAAUGACGUGUUAUUUUCAUUCAGAAUGCUGGAGCAGCUUCAGAUGUUCUCUCGUGUUUUCAAGUUACUUUGCAUAUUCGUCGAAGGCUUGUAUCAUUUCUCUUUUCUUUUGUUGGUAACGUCGUCCUGUGUCAUCAUGGAUUGGGGGUCCGAAGAAGAUGGGGGGGUGGGCUAUCGUAGUGAAACUACACUCUGUGAUGUUUCUAUUUAUUUUCAGCAGUUUUGUUUCUCGUUUGUGUGUGUACUUUGCAUUUUAGGCGCCCUGCUCUCUUAAAUGCAGCUUUGAUGUUUUUGUAUUAGAUCCAGAAUCCCAAACACCAGCUCCCGCCAGUUUUUAAAUGGGAUUUGCAGGGAUAACUUUGCUCAUUUUCAGUAUAUUUCUACUUUUCUACUAGAGGGGGCAGUGUGUUCUUACCCACGAGGUCUAUAGCAGAUCUGCAACAACCUGAAGUGGUUUUAGGUGAAUUGGAAAUCGAUUAGCCGGGAAUGCAGCUAAUUAGCAAUUACGGUAAUUAACAGCGCCGAGCGUGAAUCCGAAAGCGAUUUAAGGCGAAAUUAAAACGUCCCGGUCACUCUUCGAGACAUUCAAAACGCCUCUGAUUGACUUUAAAGGUCACGACGGACAAUUCUAGAGCGGUAAUUCAAUUCUAGAAAAUCUUAAGUGGGAAUCUGUGGAUUUUAUAUCGUGCAUCAACACUGCCGGUGGCGUAAAGCAUACUGCCCCACCAGUCCAGCACGUCCAGUUUUUAAAUGUCUAUUUUAAAAUGUUACGCUUUUAUAAUAGUUCAAAUAGUAUCCUGUACAGAGAGCGAGGUGUCGUAGUUCGUUCAGUGUGUUGUUUUCUUCAUUGUGGCACUCCUUUCCUAUGCUUGUCUGGGGUGAAGAAAAGAAACGAACCGCACGUUUGUCCUCAGAGGUUCUCUUUCUUCUCAUCGCACCCCUUUUUCUUUUGCCAUCACUGGAAAAAAAAAAAGACAAAUGUACAAUAUAGCACCAUGCACUGAAUAAACUCCAACUUAGACACA